AUGAAGUCCGUCGUCUUUCUCAUCGCGACAGCCCUGGCUACGAUCACCCAGGGCGCCUCCGUGCCCACUGCCGAGACAACAGAGCUCAUCCACAGCGAGAUCAUGAACCUGACCGACACCCUCUGGUACAAGGAGCGCUACGGCGACGCAGACAUGGCCACCGCAGCCCAGGACGGUGCCGUGCUGGCCAAGCGCGACUCCUGCGGCAGCAAGAUGCCGUACAGCGUCAGCGACAUGCGGGCCCUGAUCAGCAACCUCCAGUCCGACGGCGGCAACGACUAUGUCCCGGCCGGCCACGUCCAUAUUUGGACCCGUGGCACCGCUCGCAUCUGUACCCACAACCGCUACGUCUUCGAGAACACGCACGUCUCGCACUUCGAGCAGGGUUGGGGCGCAGACCUUACAAUGAAGAACUGCUGCAACCCCGACGGGAACCCGGACUGUGCUGGUGGCGGUGUUACCGGCCACGGUGACUCGGGCCUGGCUGUCGACAUCAUCACCAAGAACUCGGCGUUUAGCUGUUAA